AUGCCGGAGGAGGAAAAACGGGAGAAACUAGCCCAAGUUAUCAGACAAUGGAACAAUAACAGACUGGACCUUUUUGAAAUAAGCCCACCAGAUGAGAACUUGGAGUUUCAUGGUGUGAUGCGCUUCUACUUUGAGGAUCAUCUUGGAGGAAACGUGGCCACAAAGUGCCUGCGUGUUUGCAGCAGCUCUGCAACUCACGAGGUCAUCGAAACACUUUCAGAGAAAUUCAGGCCUGAUAUGAAGAUGCUGACAACAAGUUAUUCCCUGUAUGAGAUCCAAGCAAGUAAAGAACGUAAACUGGAUCUGGAUGAAAAGCCUUUGGUUGUACAACUACACUGGACCACGGACGACAGAGAAGGACGUUUUGUGCUCAAGAAAGACAAGGAGAGUUCUGAGGAAAACGUUCACGAAAAGGAAAAGGGAGGUAUUAUCCAAAACUUCAAAAGGACACUGUCAAGAAAAGACAAAAACAAAGAGAAGAACAAAGCAAAAGCAACUGACAAGGUGUCAGAAGAUGAGAAUGGGUCAACUGAAACACGGCUGAACAACAACAACAUUUGUGUGAACAACCAUGAGACAAAUAAGCUACAGAGGCAGACAGACCAGGCUGAGGAAGCCUUCCUGUCUGCAGUCAUAAAUUACACCAACAGUUCCACAGUUCAUUUCAAGCUCUCGCCUGCAUACGUCCUCUAUGCAGCAGGGCGUUUUGCUCUGCAGAGAUGUCACAGCAGAAGCUCUAACCCGUCACAAAGUGUAACCUCUGUCACAAGCAAAAUAGUGGCCAUGACAAGGAAAGUCAUCCAGAGACAGCAGACCAUCGCUGGUGCUCUCGCCUUCUGGAUGUCCAACACCUCUGAGCUACUGAACUUCAAGAAUGACAAAGACCUUACCUCACUUACCCAGCACAGUCAGGUGGAUCUUUCCCACCUGGUGCAUAAAGCUUACAGGUUCCUGUUACAGUGUCUGCAGAAUGAGUUAAGGAAGCAUUUACCAACUUUUUUAAUCGAUCCAGAACAACACGGCAGACUGCCUGCUGGUAUAGAAAUGGUGCUGAACACCAUGAUGAACACCAUGUCUCUUUUACGUCGCUGUCGGGUCAACCCCGCCUUCACCAUCCAGCUCUUUUCCCAACUCUUCCACUUCAUCAGUGCCUGGCUCUUCAACCAGCUGAUGAACCAAGGGCACAACACUCCGAGCCUGCGCUCCCACUACUGGGGAGCUGCUCUUCGCCAGAGGCUCACAGCCAUCGAAGCCUGGGCGGAGAGGCAGGGCCUGGAACUGGCUGCUGACUGCCACCUUGGCCACAUAAUCCAGGCAACCAUGCUCCUGACUAUGAAUAAGUACACAAUGCAAGACGUGAAGGACAUCCAGAGCACCUGCUUUAAGCUGAACUCACUUCAGUUGAAGACUUUGCUAGCUGGCUACCUCUAUGCAACCAAUGAGCCUCACAUCCCUCCUGAUUUGAUCGAUGCUGUAGUGACGGCCGCAGAGGCCUCAGCAGAUGAUAUGAUUCGGAGUGAAGGACGGGACAUCCAUUUGGAGGAGUGCCUCGACCUUCACCUGCCCUUCCUGCUGCCGGAGGGAGGAUACUCCUGUGACACCUUGAGAGGAAUCCCUGCAGGAUUAAGGGAAUUUUUGGAGCCAAUUUGCCGGAAAGGUCUCUGCUCUUUGAUGUCCCAGCCAACCUCUAAAGGUGAUUGGACUGUGUACUUCUGUGAACUACCCUCCUCUGAGGAGAGCACACACUUGGCAGCACACAGAGAGCCAGAGAUCGUAACUAUUACUCUGAACAAACCUCUGAACAGUGGUAUGGGGGUCAGCAUUGUUGCUGCCAAGGGAGCAGGGCUAGGUAACCUCGGCAUCUAUAUCAAGUCGAUUGUCAAAGGAGGACCGGCUGAAAUUAAUGGCAGGUUAACAGCUGGGGAUCAGCUGCUGAGUGUGGAUGGUCAGAGUCUGGUUGGCAUCAGCCAAGAGAGGGCAGCAGCUAUCAUGAUGCAAACUGGCCCUGUUGUGACCCUCAAAGUUGCAAAGUUUGGGGCGAGCUACCACGGCCUGGGGGCUCUGCUGAGUGAGACUAAAGGCAAUGAGACUUAUGCUGUCCCAAACAGUAAAUCACAUGAGCUGUACUACGUUGGCGAUCCUGGACCCUCAGAAAUGCUGCAUGGAAGCAGCAAAAGAAAAAGGGAGCAGAUGAUGCAGAGAAACAGACAACUUUAUCGCUCCAACCCCAACAUGACCAACUUUGCCCCAGGGGAGGGAGAUGAAACUGGUGACCCUGUGGUAAGAGGGAACAACAUCACUGCUGUUUCCAGUAUCAACCUUUCUACUGAUACCCAUCACAGGGAAUACUUGACACUGCCAAACCCUAAAUCCCAGGAGAAGAAUAUGUCUGAAUCUGGGCGACAGCAGCAACCAUUCAAAGUGUCUUUGAAGCCUUUAGAUGGACAGAGUUCAAGUAACAGAACCUUCAUGCGCCAAGCUCUGUCCCAGGAAAACUUGUGUAUGGACCGUGGAGGCCCCCUGCUGGACGAAAGGCAGAACUUGUUGGAUCAGAAGGAGCAACGUGCAAAGCAAACCAUGAGCCACUAUUCAUCUUUCCCAAUCCGUUCAAGUGUUUCUACAAAUGACAUCCUCUCAGUGAGUUCAUCUCCUACUAAACAACAGCAGGGGAGCCGCACAAGCAGCGCCGGUGUUUGGAGAACUCCUUUUUCCCAAAACCAAACACAUACACCUUCAAUCCAGCCAAUACGUAUUGACAUCCCCGUGACCAGAGCUGUGAACACACACACAAAUCCUCUACUGACCACCUUCCAGAGUUCUUCUUUAGUGGCACUGAAGAUGUGCCAAACUCUCAAAGUUAAUGGGAAGAGUCCUCAAAACCCAGCUAAUCCUAUUCAUGCAUGUCCCGUCCCCGCUAUCAAGAAGCUACCUCAGCUGUCACUUGUCCCGCAGCAGCAAAGAUCCACUUCACACAGAGAUCCUGCAGCAAAACCACAAGUAAGCAUCCCUCCAACAAAACACGUCUCCUUCCAAGAACCUCCCACCCAGCAGAAGCAGAGUCGCACCAAGCAGAAAGACCCCCAAGGGCUGUCUGACCCGUGGAGGAGGGAGGCCCAGGAGAAACUGGAGAAGCAUCAGAGGCUUCAGGCGGUGGAGCUCCUGCAGCGAGAGGUGCAGGAGCUUCAGGGGAAAGUAAAGCUCUCAGCGGAGGAGAACGACCGGCUCAGGAAGCUCAGCCUGGAGUGCCAGUUUCAGAAGAGGCUGCAGGAGAUUCAGCAGAGAGCAGAGGAGGAGGAGGAGGACGACGAGGAUUUGGACAUGAUGGUGACGAUACAGCAGCUGGAUACGAGGACACAGAACAGGAGAGGCUCUGCUGGGAACAUGAACACUGAACUUAAAGAGUUCAAAAAGCACGCAGGAACUCAUCUGUCCCAAAAGGAAGACCAAGUGAAGCUUGGUAAGACAGACAUGUAGAAUUUGCUUU